GGGCGCAGGGCCUCCCUCCAUUGGCCGGGUUUAGAGGGGAUGGCCGGGGACUGCACCGCGCUCCUCGGUAGGCUGGCGGGCUGGUGGCGUGAGAGGAGCCUGCUGGGUCUUCUCAGCAUACAAUAGCUGCCUAAUUAGCACGGCCAGAGUCGGGCUGCUCCUUCCCUUCACUUCCGCCUCUCUUUGUCCACUUUUGGCGGGGAGUGGGGGAAGGAGGGAGUCAGGGAUCCUUCAACUUUGUUCAGCUCCAGUUUGGAGAGUCAAGGCCAGGUUGAAAUCCAAGAUGACACCUUGAGCACUUUUCCCAGGAGAGCUUGGGAGAGUGAAGCACAAAACAAUAACGAUUUAUUAUUCUGCCCCACCAAAGUCCUCUGGAUUUGCACACUGCGUGGCUGGAAGAGCCAGCCUUCUCCGGGAGUUCGGUUCUUGCCGGAGGGGCGCCCCGUUCAGCCAGCGGCCAAGAUGUCCUCAGUGGGGAAGGUGACCCAGGUUCCCAGCGGGAAGGUCUACCAGCAGAUCUUCGAGGCUGAGGUGCAGCUGGUCCGCUCUCUGGCAGCCACCAGGAAGCGCGCUGUGGAGAGUUCCAUGACCCCAAAGAAUGGCAGGAAGCCCUUGAUGAAGAAGAUGGAUAUUCCUGAAGGGGAGAUGAUGUGUCCUCGGCAGCGGAAGUGGGCGCACAGCCUACCCAAUGACUGGGUCACGGAAAAUCCUGUUCUCUACAGGGAAAAGGAAAUAAUCAAGAAGAAAAAAGCUGAAGAAAGUGAGAGCAUCAUUGAAGCCAGAGAGGUCCGGGGCCUCAUGGACACCAUAGUUCCAGAGAGGAUCAGCACAACCACCCUGGACAGAGACUCCAAGAGGCAGGGCUACGAGAGUGCUCUGGGGAGUUUUAAGGAGGAGAUUGCUCAGAUUGGGAUGGAAAUGGAACCUCUCAUCUUAGAGCCAGGAGCACUUCUUUUAAAAAAGCUGGCGGCGUCUGAUGAGGAAAUCGACCAACUCUUCAAAAAGGUGGAAAGCGACAUCAACCUCGAAGACUACACCAUCCAAACCCUGAUGGAGCUGUGGGAUCAGGUGGCUGAGAAGUUCCAGUUCCAGAAGCAGGGGAUUAAGGAGCUGGAUGAGACACUGACCUCGACCGAGUUCUCUCGGGCAGAUAAACUCAGAAGCGUGUUGAAGAAAUAUGUGGAAAUCAUAGAGAAAACUUCCUAUCUCAUGCAGCCUGACGUGUACACGCUGAUAAAUAAGGAAGCCAUGGUCAUAAACCAGGCCCUCCUGGGCAACCGGAGGGCCAUCGCCCAGCUGUUUGUCAACCUGAUGGAGGCCACGCUGCAGCAGGAGCUCGAGGGCCAUCGUCGCUGGCAGGGCCUGGUGGACACCUGGAAGGUUCUCAAGAAGCAGGCCCUGGUGCAGAGUUUCAGUGAGUUCAUGGCCAGUGAGAGGAUCCGGGCUCCUCCAGAUGUGAAGAAGGAGAUAGAGAGCAUGCUGAAGAACCAGAAAGCCCUGCAGCAAAAGCGGCUGGAGCAUAUCUGCACCAUCUGUGACCUUCUGCCCCCCAAUUACAGCAAAGCUCAGCUGACUGAAUGGCAUUCUUCUCUCAACUCCCUAAAUAAGCACCUCGAUGCCUACCACAUGGGCUGCGUGAUGCAGAUCCGCCUGCAGUACGAGAAGACCUGGCAGGAGUGCCUGGCCCGCGUGCAGGAGUGCAAGAAGCAGCUGCUGGACUGGAAAGCCUUCACUGAGGAGGAGGCAGAGAGCCUGGUGAACCCAUACUUCUUCCAGAUGGUGGGAGUACUCCAGAGCAAGGUGGAAGAGGAGCUGGAGCUCUUGGACAAAUCCUUCGAGGACCUGGCCAAGCAGACAGAAUGUCAGAGCUCGGAUCUCCUCAGCUACUUCCAAGAGGCCGUGAGGCUGUGGGAGGCACAUCAGAGCACGCUGUCCGAGCAGGAGCUGGAGCUGGAGAAGAGGAUGGAACAGCAGCGGCAGAAGCACAUCCUGGAGGAACAGGCCCAGGAAGCCCACCUUGAUAAGCUCUUGGACCAACUGAGGCAGCAAAGCCUUGAGGAAACACUGAAGCUUCACCUGGAAAAGGCCAAAGACUUUUUGAAGAAUAUGAAACACAGGUAUGAGUGUUUCCACAAGACCCUGACAAAGGAAGUGAUGGAGUACCCAGUGCUCACACUGAGAGAACUCAACUCCUACAGCUCCACCCUUAGCCAACAUUUCUAUGUUCGUGAGAUCUUUGAACAGACCUUGGAUGGGGAAGUCAUUUUCAAAUUCAGGGAACCAGAAGCACAGGAAAAGCUCUUCCAGGAGAGUAUGAGAAAACGGAGGAGUAAACAGAGAGCUAAAGUGGAAAUGAGCAGAAGUGAGGACAGUGCAAGCGCAGGAACAAGUUCAUCCAGGCUAGCGGAAGAGAUGGAAGGAGAAGAUCAAGACAUCGAGUCUUCCUUAAAUGAAGAGAUGGCAGCGAGUCAGCAGGAACAAUCUGCACUGAGCGACGAGAUGGAUGAGUCCAGUGAGGAGUCUAUUCAGGGGUUAGAAGAAAUGCAAGUUAAAAGAGACAGCUCCUUAAAACCAUCCCAGAACCAGGAAAAUGUGAUGGUUCAAGAAGAGGAGACAGAGGAGGAAGAGGAAGAGGAAGAGGAGGAAGAGGAAGAGGAGGAACAUGAAGUGGAAGAAGAGCAGGAGGAGGAGGAGGAGGAGGAAAAGGAAGAACAUGAGAGUUUAUCUGUGGAUGAGGCCGAAGCCCAGGAAGAGCAUCUGAGGGAAAUCUCCUGUGAAGACAUGGAGUCCUUCACAACCUCCAGCGGACACACUUAUUUUGUCUUCCUACCCCUGGAACAAGAAGAAGAGAGUUUCAAAAGGCCCAAUUCCAACCUUUCUACCAUUCUCAUCAAUGACACUUCCAGUGCCAACCUCCUAGACCAAGUGAUAAUUCCAUCCAGACUAGUUUUAGGAAUUAAGAAGCAACUUCGAGCUGGUUUUUUCGAGCACCUAGAGAAGUGGUUUGACCAACGUGUUCUCAAAACCCAGGUCACUGUGGCCACCAAGAUUGAUGAGCUGGACUCAGAACUAGAGCUGCAUCUGCACCUACACAAGCCAAGAGCUGAGUGCAUUGAAAAGGACAUCCACAAUGUCAGAGCAGCUGAGCUCUUGCUUCAUCAAGAGCAGCUGGACAGCCACUGUGCUGGGGUGAUCGAGACGCUGAGAAAGGAGAGGCUGAUGUUCUACCGGUUCCAAGAAGAGCAAAACAUAAAGAGCAAAAACUUCCGCCGCAAGAUUUACGACAUGGAGCAUAUCUUCUUGAAUGCCACAAAGAGCCAGAGGCUGGUUACUCUCAGCAGCACACUGCACCAGGAGCUGCUCAGCUACAUCGACGUCGUGCAGGUGUCCCUGCGCAGCUUCCGCCAGUACUUGGAGGAGAACCUGGGCAAGCUUCACUACGCCAACAUCGAGUUCAUCAAGCACUGCAGAUUGUUUUCUGAUGGAGGCAACUUUUCUGCUGAAGAAAUUGACUCACUGUGUCAUCGACUGGAGAAGGAAGCUUCUCGAAUAGAGUUUGUUGAAAGUUUAAUCAUGAUCAACAUGGAGAAGAUGGAGAAUGAAUACCUGGACCAGGCCAAUGAUGUCAUCAAUAAGUUUGAAAGCAAAUUUCAUAACCUGUCUGUGGACCUUAUUUUCAUAGAGAAAAUCCAGCGGUUGCUGACAAAUCUGCAAGUGAACAUCAAGAGCGAGGUUGCAAAAUCCAAUCUGCAAACAGAUGGAUUGAAUUCGUCUCUGGAACAGCUUCAAAGGAAAAUAGAAAUGUGUCGAAACUCAAAGGGAGAUAAAAAAGUGGUGGCCACGGAUGACCUCCUUGGCUUGGUUCGGACUUGGAAAGAAAAACUGGGCCAGAGGAUUCAGUACCUGAAUUGCAGGCUGGACAUCGUAUACACGACUCAAGUCGUCUUUACUGAUGACAUCAUGAUCGAUAUGGAGGUGGAGAGUGACAUCCUGGUGUCUUCAGAAGUCCUUGAAGAGGAAGCCAAGGUAGACUUGGUCACCCCUGAGUCCUUUGCCCAGCCCAGCCGCAUGGGGAAGUCCAUGAUUGAAGACCCUGCUGUGGAAGUGGUCAAGAAGAUCCUGCAACUUCCCAACUCAAAAUGCUCAACCCAGCAGUGUGACAAAGAUCGGUUCCAGACAGGUAGAGACAAACAGGCCUGUGGGUCUUGGGGCACUGGCGGUGGGAAAGCCAGUGUUGCCACCGGUCCAUCCUCACCUUGGGUCCUCUGUUCUUGUCCUGGGUGCUCAUCACCCAAAGGCUUGAAGCGACACCGGAACCGGGGAGAACAUGUCGUGAGAAAGGCCCUGUCCAGUGCCAGUGCCACUUCAACAACGAGCAUCACACGGUACUCCAAGCCCAACCGAAUGGACAGAAAGUACCAGGUGCUCGGGGAGAAGCCACCGCCGCCAGCUGAGGAUUUUAAAGGGAUCAUCCUGACCCUCCUCUGGGAGAGCAAUGAGCAUCUGCUGAAUGUUGUGGAGGAGUUUUACCGCAAAGAGAAGCACUCAGUCACCAGGCCUGACUGCAUGUACGAAAACUUUGACCAGUGUGCAGAGAAUAUCUGCAAGAGGAUCCUGGAAUACCAUGUCCAGACAGACGAGUACCAUAACUCCUGCCUCAUAGAAUUACGGGCCCAGAUGAGGAGAUUUGAGGAGCUGCUGCCCCAGGUCUGCUGGCUGGUGAUGGAGAACUUCAAAGAACACCACUGGAAAAGAUUCUGUGCAUCUGCCAAAGAGAUCCGGAGACAGUUCUGGGAUUAUCAGGAGAAGCUGGAGAUAAGGAAGGAUGAAAAUGCCCAGAAGCUCCAUCAAAAUCUCGGACAUCCCGCACAUAUCCAAGAAAUGGAGUCUCUGUGUCAGGUGGAAGAGAAAAGGCAGAACGAUUUAGACACUGUGAUUAUGGCAACCAGGGAGAAGCUUGAGGAAUUCACCAGGAAGUACGGCCGGUUUUUCAUAGCCAGCCUGGCCACCUUCACCGAGAAGUUCCUGCUGCAGUUGGAUGAAGUGGUCACCAUCGACGAUGUCCGGGUUGCAAGGAUGGAGCCUACCAAACAGAAAACAUCAAUCCUCAUACGGAGGAAACUCGCUAGGCUUUCCCUGAAGGAAGAAAGUGAGAAGCCCCUGAUUGAGCGGGGGAGCAGGAAGUGGCCAGGAAUCAAACCCACUGACGUCACCAUCCAAAACAAGAUUCUCCUCCGGAAAACAUCAUCCAUCAUCACCACCAAAACGACCCUGGGCCACCUGGCAACCGUGGAAGCCCGAGAUGCCGUCUACCUGAAAUAUUUAGCAUUAUUUGAAGAGGAGUUGAAGAAGAUCCAGGACGACAACACAUUGCAGGUGAAGGAGGCUCAGCACUGGAAGGACAGCUGGAAGCGCUCCGUGGAUACCAUCCAGGGCCUGUACUUGUGACACCCUCAACCCACCCCACAUAAAGGUUCAUUUUUUAUGGACUCCUUCUCUAUCCAUCUGUCCGCCCAUCCAUCCAUCCAUCCGUUCAUCCAUCCCUGCUCUAUACCCAGCACAGUAGCUUCAUCAGUGACCAGGACAUGGUGUGGUCCCUGCCCACGUGGAUGGGUAAGGAGGACAGAGGUGAAAGGGGGUUCCAUGUGGUUCUCAGGGUUGGUGGGUCACAGUAUUGGGCCACUUAAAAUAGAGACCAGUAAUUCAGAGGACAUAAUUCCAAUAGGCAUGCUUGGCACUUCAUCUUGGAAAAUGAAAUAAUAAAAUUAUCUGGGCAUAUGGGUAUAUUUACAUUUAACAAAGUGUAAGAUAAUUGCAACCAUGCAACCCACAAAGAAUUCAUCCAGUCUUGAUUGGGUAUCUGCCUGGCAACUUGCCUGACCAAAUUAUAGCAUUUUGAGGAAAAUCUUCCAGGACUCCUUAAUUUUCCUAGGGGCCCCUUAAAUCUUGUGAGACUCAGAUCCUUCCCUCUGGAAGCCUCCAUCUUGCAUCUUCCUUGCUGAUUUUCUCUUCCUUGAUUAAAUGGCCUAACCACGCCAGAUCUCAUUUGUUAGUAGCUUUUUGUGGCACUUGGAUGGACUGCUUACAUUCCUUCCUUGAUUUCAUCACCUCCUGUUCCUUUUACCUGGUUUGCAUUUUGACUUUGCAUCAGUUUGGAUUUUCCUAUGUUUUACCUGUUUUAAUGACUUGAUGAGGUAGGCUUUUGCUCCCAUUUACAGAUGUGGAAACUCAAGUUCAGAAGGUCAAGACAACCUCCUCAAAGGUAUACAGCCAGUAUAGCGCCUCAGCAUACUUUUUGGUUCCCCAAAAGUGGACAAAGACUUGGGGGCAAGCCAUUGUUUUGGAGAUGAUCCCAAGAAGCAUGAAUGAGGUCAUGGGGAAGGGGAGCCUGGAAGAAGCCUUGGCCUUGCUCCAGACCCCUUCUAACCCUCCUUCACACACACCAGGCACAUCCUGUCCUCCUCACCUGUCCCCCACCCUGCAUUGCCUGUCCCCUGGCCUGUCACUGACCUACCUCCUGACCUGUUUUCCUGUAGCCACUGUCCACACUAGGGACUGUGGGCUCAUUGUAGUUCCAGGUGCUCACAGAGGUAGACUGCAAGACCCCAGUCCUUCUCUCAAAGCUACCCUUGGGAUCUUAGGGACUUCCCUAUCGGGCAGGUAGUUAGGGAAAUGGAUGCCACUGCCCCAUGAUAGAGCUGCCUCCAACCUCUUUCCAUUCUCCCUCUUGUAAGUUCUCCCAUGUCUGCUCUUUCUUGACCAUGCCUCCAUGUUCCCCACCCGAGAAGUCAGUGUGAGUGUGCCUGAGCACAUGUGAGGAUGUGGAGAAGAAAAUGACCUCCACAAUGGAGGGGAGGUGGGCAGGGGCCCCCUGGGAUUCUAGAGUUUCUCAUCACCAAGUAAACUCUUUCAGGAUGUGUUGAGCCCUGGCCUACAAGGCCAAAGCCCUUCCUUAUCCUCUGGACUCUGCCCACCUCCUGGGCCCCAGACUGGUCCUUGACUCACUCUUGGCCUCAGUUUCCUAAUUGUGCAACAAAAGCCUGAUACAGAACCACAGAAGUGGAUGCUCAGUGAGGUCCAGCUCCAUCAAAACAGGUUGGAGUGUUGAGAUGGAGUGAUAUGGGUACAGAAAGGAACACAGUGUAUGGUAGCCAGGCUUUGUGUCCAUGGCCAGGCACACACAAGGGGUCCUGGGGAAGACCCAAGAAGAGUGCAUACACGAGCCCGCAAGCUGAUGUGUACGCGUGUACAUUGUACUAGUAGCUCCACACAUGAGGUUGGUCUCCUUCAGCCAGCUCUGUGCACCCCACAGCUGCUGAGGCCUGGGUCAUAUGUUCACCACUGGACCCAGCAAGGGCUGUCAGUCUCACUUAGCCACUAGGAUGAAGGGUGGGGAAGGGGCAGUUCCCUAAAGAAACACUAAUGUCCUGUUCCGAACAGAAGAGGGCAUGAAUGUCAGCCAGGCAGAAGCACCAAGUCUCAGAAUCAUGCAAGCUGCCUGCAUACCUGUCUCUGCCACUAUGCACAAAGGGCUGUGUCCCAGAGAAAGGGCCUAUCUUGUACAAGGUCACAUAGUGAUUCAAUGGCAAAGCUCCUAUAUUUGCCUAUGUAUAGUAGAAAAUCCAGUAGAAAAAUAAUGUGGCACAAAGAUUUCUAUCUCUUUCACAUAAAAGAGCUCUUUUUUCUGUUGUGGGACAACUCCAGUGACCCCCACCCCAGGCAACUGGACGAUAGCACUGACUUAUUUGUGACUUACUGACAAUAACCAGAGAAAAUCACUUAUGUUCCAGGAGAGGGGCCGUCCUCUUAACCUGCCCUUUUCUGUAUUCACAAAACUUUCCUACAACCCCUAUGGUGGAGGACAUUUGCUAAUAAAACAAACCAAAGACAAAAGCAAACCCCCCAAACCCAAAAAAGCUCUAGAGGCAGGCCGUCCUUAUUGGUCCUGGACUGCUCAUCAUGGAAGACCACGGGUCAUCUGUCCUUCCCCAGCAUCCUAGCAUGUGGUUUCUAUCAUCAAGGCUGUCCAUGGUCCAGGUCUACACUUGAGACUGCAGGCAGGAGAAAAGAAGGAGGGAAAAGAGGCCCUCCCAGCUGUAUCUGUCCCAUCUGACCAGCCUCCCCAAAGUCCCCCAUCAUACUCUGUUCACAUAUCAUUGACCUAAACUUUGGUCACUCUUAGCUGUCAGAGAGGUUAAGAACUUUAGUCUUUUCAUUUGUUGAAUUGCUGCCCAAAUCAAAACUGGUUUUUUAAGCAAAGUGGGAAUGAAAAUGUGGAAACUACCAGUGCUCUUUCCUACACAGAACUUCAAGAUGAAGAGGAGAGGGGGUUAUUUCCAGGUGCGUGGGGCAUCCACAGCCUCUCUUUCCUUGGUGUUCACUCAUUCACAGAGAGAACAAAAAGUCUGUUCUAAACCAGUGUGUGAGUGGGAUUGUGUUGAUUUUUAUCUGCUUGUCCCUUAUAAGAAGACCUCAGAAAACCCUCUUCUAUUUCAUAAAUGGGGUGGAGAGAGGUGGGGUUGUGAAGUCUUGUAGGCAAGCAACAGGUUCCUAAAAAGCUGAGUAAAAAUCAUAUGUCUGUAAAUCAAAGAAUAGAAUCUGUUGACCCCACCAUGUUUGACCCUCAUGGUGAAUACUAGGAAAAAUAAUACACAGAAAAUAAAACUAAUACUAGUUAAAACUU